AUGUCGUCCAAUCUCCAAACCCAGAUCCCACCCCCGUCCCCCUUGGACCCAUCGGUGCUGCUCUCCAGCCCGGCGCCCAACAUCCUCCUGGUGACGAUCAACCGAAUCAAGCAGAUGAACUCCAUCCCCUUCCCAGUGCACUGGUACCUGCACCGGGUAUUUGAAUGGUUCGAUCGUGAACCGACCUUCCGCGUCGCCAUCAUCACGGGCGCCGGCCCCAAGGCCUUCUGCGCAGGCCAGGAUCUAAUUGAGCUCGGCAAGCGUGAUCCCAAGAAACUCGAGGCCGAGCCGUAUCUCGCCAUGCACCCGUCAUCUGGUUUUGCGGGGAUCAGUAGAAGGACCGGAAAGAAGCCGAUCAUCGCAGCUGUCAAUGGGUUUGCCCUGGGCGGUGGGUUUGAGAUUGUGCUUAACUGCGACAUGACAGUCGCAUCCCCAAGCGCAACCUUCGGUCUCCCCGAAGCCCUACGCGGAAUCUACGCCGGCGCGGGCGGUCUGCCACGGCUCGUCCGCAACGUGGGACUCCCGCUUGCGUCCGAAAUCAGCAUGACAGGCCGGACGCUCUCUGCGGCCGAAGCACUGCGAUACAACCUGAUCAACAAGGUGUCCGCCUCGGCCGCGACCCUCCUCGACGAGGCCGUCGCCCUGGCGUCCAAGGUCGCAGACAUCAGUCCCGACGCGAUCAUCGUCACGCGAGCGGCGCUGCGUGAGACCUGGGAGACAGCCAGCGUCGAGAGGGGUUAUAUUCUGGUCGACGAGCGGUUCAAAAGAGGGCUGAUGGAGGGCGAGAAUUCCAGAGAGGGCCUCGCUGCGUUCAGGGAGAAGAGGAAACCCGUAUGGAAGGCGAGCAAGUUGUAG